AAACUCCCCUCCCUAAAGGCCCUGACCAAGUAUAAACGGAGGAGGAACACGGGAGCCAGGGGAAAGUUGGGAGUCAAGGGGAAAGUCCAGACCUCCACCAUGGCCUCCAUCUGCUUCAUCUGCCAUUUCUGCCGCCGGCCCCUGAAGCUGACUCAGUCCUCGGAGACCUCGGGCCUCGACCUCAGCCAAGAACCUGCAGCUUCGAACUUCCCCUCGGCUCGGGGGGACCCCGGAGACACUCGGGAGGGAGGCUCUGCCUCCAGCGUGGAGCCGGACCUUGAAGAGCUGCAGGGCAGUGACUCCAGCUGGGCCAUCCCUGGUGAUGGCGAGCUGUCAGGGGACGGCCCCAACACCUUCACCCUGCUCGGGAAGCUGGCCUCUGGGAGGACCCUCAGCAGCAUCCAGAGGGCCGCGACGGGCCUCUGUGACAUCCUGUCCGGUGAAGGGCUGGACCACCCGCUGUGCGAGGACUGUACUGACAGUUUCUUGGAGCAGCUGGACAGCCAGCUCAGCAUCUCGGAGUGUGACAGUCAGACCUACCAACGCUGCUUGGAGACCAGGGAUGGAUCAGGUGAGGACGCGAGGGAGACCCUGCAGCGGGAGCUGGAGGUCCUGGAGCUGGAGGAAGCGAGGCUGGCCCAGGAGCUGGAGGAGGUGGAGGAGAACCGGGACAGGGCAGCGGUGGCCUGGCAGGCAGCCCGGGCAGAGACGGAGACGCUGGAGCAGCAGGAAAGGCAGUGCCACAGGGACCUCGGUGAACUGCAGUGGCAACAGCUGGAACUGCGGGACGAGCUGUGGAGCCUGGAGCACCGGCUGCGGCACGCCCAGACCCAGCUGGCCUGGCUGAAGAGAACCAAUGCCUUCAAGGCCGCGUUUGAGAUCGGCUGCGACGGCCCCAUUGCCAUCAUCAACAGCUUCAGGCUCGGCUGCACCCCCACCGUCCCUGUGAGCUGGGGGGAGAUCAACUCAGCCUGGGGGCAGGCGGCCUUGCUGCUCGUGGGCCUGGCUCACACAGUGGGUCUGCAGUUUCAGAGGUACCAGCUCAUCCCCCGCGGAGACCACUCCUACCUGCAGGCACUGACCGAGGACCCCGUGGACCUGCCCUUGUUCUGCACCGGCGGGAAGAGCUCCCUCGUGGACAGCAAGUUUGACCAGGCCAUGGCGGCCUUCCUGGACUGCAUGCAGCAGUUCAAUGAGGAGGCCAAGAAGGGCGAGCCGAGUCUCUUUAUGCCCUACAGGAUCCACGUGGCGCAGGGCCUGAUGGAGGACACAGGAUCCCGUGAAUUCCACUCCAUCAGAACCCACCUGAACAGGGAGGAGCGGUGGACAAAGGCCCUCAAGCUCAUGCUUACAAAUUUUAAGUGGAGUCUGGACUGGGUCUCCUUAAGGUAUCGUCACCAUUAA